GAUUCUUCACCGUAUCUCAAAUACUUCCACCAAGACAACGCACUUUGCUUACUUGUAGGUUUCCCUAAGAAAAUGAAUAUUUUAUGAAUAUAGUUUGCAGGUUUUUAUAAGAUAUAUUCUGGUGUAUAGUGUUUAAUAUGUUGCCAAGGAAAGAUGUCCCUGUACCCAAGUUUGGAAGCUUCAAACCAAUAAAGCGUGAAAAAGAUAAGCAUAGGGAAAAAAGAGGACGUGGAUACAAUGAAAGAGAAAUAAACCAUUCUAAGUACGAAACGACACUACCGCUCACUGAUCGCGAGCAACAGUUGUAUAAUGUAAAAUACGAUACAAAGGGAGAUAGGAAAGUUUUCUUUUACGGUGGCAUUCAUAAAUAUUCUAUUCCAAAAUAUACCAGGAAAUCUAACGUAAUAAUAGGCAGCCAUCCUGAGAAAGAAAUAGUUCAUAAGAGGAGCCAAGGAAUUUAUUUAAAGGAUAUCUCACGUGUACCAAGUACUAGAGUAAAAGAAAGAACAGUCAAUGCUUCUUCUUCGCUUAACACAUUUUCAAAUGUGAAAGAUUAUCAACCUUUUCCUGAAAGUUUUGCCAAUGUAACUGACGACGAGUCAACACUGCAACCAACUUCAGAAAAUGUUAAAGUUAUUCAGACUGAGAUUGUCAAGGUACGAAGAGACUUAGAAAAAGAUGGAUUGAACCCAACAUUAUGGCUUCGUCUAUGUUCGUUGCAAAAAGAUUUGCUCCUUCAAGAAUAUGCUCGACCAAACAUGUCUAUUCGUGAAGAAAGAAGCCUACAGCAUUCAUUACGUGACAUUCAAAUAUCAAUUUUAGAGAAAGCUAUUUUCUCUAUUGACUUCAGUUCGAUUGAUGUCGAGCAAUUGGUCUUGGAGUAUUUUAAACUGGGAUCUCUUGAAUGGGACUCCAAAACUACACAAAACCAUUGGGAGCGUUUGCUUUCUCGAUAUGGUUUAUCCGAAAAUUUGUGGAUUCUAUAUAUCAAUUAUCUUAUAUCUAACGUACAUUCGUUUUCUGUCGAUUCGUGUUUACAAAUCUUUUCUGAAUGCCUGGCUAUAAUAAACAAUAAGGUUGAUGAACUUUCUAAAAAAGAUGAGUCAUUGGAAUGUGAAAUACAACAACUUGAGAAAACUGCUAUCUAUGUUCUGCUUAGGGUAUGCUUUUUUGCGCGGGAUUCGGGAUAUUUUGAGUUGGCUUAUGCGAUUACGCAGGUGAAUAUGGAAAUUAACUAUUUUCUUCCAUCAAGGCUUAACAACAAAGAUUUAGAUUAUAUAAAACUGGAGCUGUCAAAAUUCUGGGAUUCUGAUACGCCGAAAUUUGGAGAGCCAGGUGCCCUUGGUUGGAGUAAUAGUUCCAGUGUAUCAUCAACCUUUAACCAAGGGUGUGAUGAAUCUCAAUCGCCAAUAACGAUUUACGAUUCAUUUUUGCAAUGGACCGAGAAUGAAAAAAGGUUUCAAGAACAAAAAGCUUGGCGUGAAGCGAAGCCUGCUCGGAAGUUGAAUGGCAAGGACGAUCCUUUUCGAAAUGUUAUUUUUGAGGAUGUCAAAGACUUUAUAUGUCGAUUUUUUACGCCAAAAGCACUUCUUGAUCUAAAAUACUGUUUUCUUAACAUCUAUGGCAUCCCAAUUCUUCCACCAGGAGCAAAUAAUGACCAUUUCUUUGUUUCAGAUCCAUGGUUUUCAUCAAGUCUUGACAUUGAGAUUUCGCUUGUUGAACAUUUCGAAAAGGAUCCUAAAAAUGUCAAUUAUUUUGUUUCUUCCUCUAAAGUACUAUCUCCAGGAUUUUUGGAUAUCUAUUUUCCCUGCUCGACUGAUUUACCCGAUUAUUUUCUAAUGGUAUUAAAAGGUUUUUCUGAAAUAGAAAUUCGUCGUUUGAUUACAGUUUUGCAUCAAAUUUUUAUAAAGGUGGAUGAUGAAUACUUUGCUGGGUUGUAUAUAACUGUUUUACAAAAGUUAUGUCAACUAGAUUUUGAAGAGCAAGAAUAUGAAAAGUUUAGCUCUACGAUAAAAGAAAUUUUAAAAAAGUAUGAGAAUUCGAUUUUUGUAUGGAAUUGUUUCGCCCAAACUGAAUUUAUGAAUGGAAAAUUAUCGCUGUGUGAAAAAAUAUACAAAACUGCCUAUCUUAUGCACUCUUCGAAGUUUACUGAUUUAGAGAAUGUAUGGCUUCAUAAAAAUUGGGCAAUGCAAAAGGUCUUUUCUAAUGACGAAAAUGGAUUUUGGAAUGUAUUGUUGCAUUUAUUUCAUGCUGAUCAGUCUUGUAUGAGUACAUCAGACAAGACUGGGUUAACUGAACAAGCCACUAUGCUGUUUGAAGAGGAGCAGGAUAAGAAGAAGGUAGUAAACGUUUCAUUUAUUUAUUUAAUGCUUUCAUUUUUUACAGAGAUGGAGCCCAUUCAUUAUACCAUUGAGAAGUGCGUAUUAAAACUGGAGAGUCUGGACGUUGUUACGAAGGAAGACCUAGAAUACUUUUUUACAGUUGGCCUUGCGAUUGCCCUACAUUACGCAAAGGAUCAUAAAAUUUUCAGCGUAUUGAAGAUGAGGCCAAUUUUAGAAAAAGCUGUUGAGCUGUUUCCUAAUAAUAUUAUUCUCUGGCAAAUAUUUUCAUGGUUCGAAUCUAAGCAUCAAUUGCAGUUCCGAGUAAAAAUCAAAGCAUUGGAACUCAUUCAAAUUUAUCAAGAAAAGGCUAUUUAUCCUUCAUAUGUUUUCAUUAUGGAAGAGGCCAAGAUGUCUCUAACAAGAAUGAAAGAUGCACUGGAUAGAGUAUUUUUAAUACGAGGACUCGAUUUUAUUUUAAGUUUUUGGAAGAUUUACCUACACACAGCUUUCUCGAACUCUGAUUCAAGCGAAAUGGAUUGCAUUCUUGGUAUAAGAAAAGCAAUAAGCCAUUGUCCAUUUCGAAAAGAUUUAUACAUGUAUAUUUUCACGUUACUGCAGACCAGAGAAGUCCUUGAUGAAGCUAAGGUAUUCUAUUUAAUGAUGAUCGAGAAGGGUUUCCGUAUACAUAAUGAAGUUGCUUCAACGCUUUUGGAAUCCACAGUAAUGAAACAUUAUCUACAAUUGCCUCAGGAUUCUCGUGUUUUCCUUUCUGACAGGCAUACUAACGACUAAAUAAAAGUCAUUGACUUUUUUCUGGUGUAGUACAAUAUAAUCUCGACUGAUGAGUCCGUAAUAUAUUUUGGUAGUCAACAUAAUGAAGAACUAGAUUUAGCCAGUUGUUAGUGACAAAGGAAUAAAAACACACUUAAAUAUCAUAAACAAAAAUAAAAUAAAAACGCUUUUUA